AUGCCUCAUUACCAGAGCCGACGAGAGCGCAUUGAGAUUGAGGCCAUGAAUCGGAUCUCACGAGAGCCGGACUACCAACCCUUCCUGAGGGAGGAGGUAAACGCCGCCAACAAGUUCAGAGCCACGCGGGCCUACCAGACACACAGAGAAGCAUACGACAAGAAGAACAGCACACCCGCUGCCUCUACGUCCAAGCCUGAUGAGACUACGCCAGCUCAGCAUGAAGCGGGUGACGGAAAGAGUCCCCUAGCAUCCAAGACACCGCCCGCCUCUACGUCGAAGCCUGGUGAGACUCCGACAACUGAGCAUAAAGCCGGCGACGGAAAGAACCCCCUAGCACCCAAGACACCGCCCCCCUCUACGCCGAAGGCUAGUAAGACUACGCCAGCUCAGCACGAAGCUGGUGACGGAAAGAACCCCCUAGCACCCAAGACACCGCCCCCCUCUACGCCGAAGGCUAGUAAGACUCCGACAACGGAGCAUAAAGCCGGCAACGGACAGGAACCCCCAGCAGAAUUCGAUGCAAGAAAGUCGCCGAUCACCACCACCGCGAUCAUCACCACCGCAGCGCCCAUGUCAACUGCAGCCAAAAUCUCACCCGCAGCGCCCAUACCAACGGCAGCUAAUACCUCAACCGCAGCGCCUACUCUUACAGCAGCAUUCAACGCCACAGCCAUCCCCAUCACAGCCGCCAUCCCCAUCACAACCGCGACGCCUAUCACGACCGCGACGCCCACUCCUACAGCGCCUAUACCAACCGCAGCUAAUACAUCAACCGCAGCGCCUACUCUUACAGCAGCAUUAGAUGCCACAGCCAUCCCCAUCACAGCUGCCACCUCUAUCACAACCGCCACCCCCAUUACAUCUGCGACGCCCAUCACAUCCGCAAUACAUACUCCUACCGCAGCAUGUACUGCUACUGCCACCCCUAUCACAACCGCCACCCCUAUUACAACCGCGACGUCCAUCGCAACCGCGACGCCCGCUCCCACGGCAGCAUCUACUGCCACUGCCACCCCCAUUGGAACACUCGGCAUACAGGACGACUGGUCUCCUCCUCCGGACAACGGCGACCACGAAGAUUAUGGCGUCGCCAUCCCGUUCAGUCAGAGUAGCGCGCAGCCCCCAGAGCCUAAGUCUCGGAAAAGGGUUAAGCUGACUGUCGACCUGUCGCAGCCACCAAGCAAGUCGGACAUUGAGGCAAUGCAGCUUACCAAGGCAACAGAUUUGGACCGCGCAUCCGCCUACAUUCUGGAACUGACUGCCAGUAUGAAGACGUGUCCACGCGCCGGAAUGCUGCGCGACAUCGUCCUCAUCGCGAUGAAGCUAUACGAAGAGUCCGAUGGGACUAUCCUCUUGAAAUUCAUCCAACUACAGCCAUGGCUAGUGAGCGUCAGCACAAUUAUCGAGGUUUCCAGUUCCAGCGCUUGGCUUUCCGCAACUACCGUUGACUUCCUCGUGGAAAACGGCGGGAGUCGAGACGAGUUUUCUUCUGACCUGGUGUACAUCGCCACAGCUCAACCAAUCUACAUGGCAAGCAUUGGGAUGUCGACUAACACUGAGAGACGCCCGGACAUCGCCGCGGUCAUUCGACAAGCUCUACCACCCGAUUUCGUCAUCCCCGAACUGGACACGGCAAUGUCGUUUGUCUUCGCUUGGAACCCCAACAACGACCAUUGGCUUGUAGUACAGGCGAUGGGAAAACUAGUGGGCAAAGGAACAAUACGCAUCUACGACACAUGUCGCCGACUCCGAACCGCGCGCAAGUACCAGACGGAGCUCAGGCAGUUUCUUGAGCUGGUGGCGCUCACCCACCCAGCCUCCCGGUUUGCAAAGGUCCAGUGGAAGUCGGCGGCGUUUAUUUACAAGGACACUGUCGUCCAACAACACGCGAAUGACUGUGGGGUAUAUACAGCAUGGAACAUGAGGAUGAUACUCGCCAAGGAGCAGCCCGCGAAGUCGGCCUUGGACGCCAAAGGUCUUGCUGUGGCACUACGGUUCCCCUCAACUAGGCGACGUGCUGUAGCACUACAACAGAAGUUCUUAACCGAAGCGCAUAGCAUCAUCACCAGCGGUGGUCUAGCCUACCGCUGCAGACAGGAAGUCCUACAGGUGUACAUCAAGAGUUCAGCAGGCGUCAAGAGCGAUGCAGCAGAGGACAAGGGCAAGCCCUCGGGCGUUAAGAGCGAUGGAAAGGGUGUUGAGGGUAAGAGUGUAGGUAACAGGAGUAAGGCUUCGGGCAUUGAAAGCGAUGGAACGGGCGUUGAGGGUAAGGCUUCGGGUAUCGACAGCGAUGGGACAGACCUUGAUGGUAAGGGUGCGGGUAACACGAGGAAGUCAGCAGGCGACAUCCCCAUCAGCACAGCUGGUAGCAUUCCCGCUGAUGAUCCGCCCAACAUCAACAGCCUCAUCAAUGUCAUGGGCGAGGACGCAACGGAUGAAGGCGAUGACUUGAAUUACGACACGGACAGCAGCGACGGUUUUGCCGAGGAUGCGUUCUCUGCACAGAAAACCGAAGAUCUGGCAUGGUACGACCAUCAUGAUAAGAUAAUCAAGCUCAACUCAGGCAGAAUCACCAAACCUAUGGCUUCGGUAAUGAUUCUCGGAAACAGACAGCAUGGCAUGCCUAAUCUCCGAUUCUGGCGAAGGCUGAGACGGCGCGCCUCUGUGAGAGGAUUCACACGCUGGUCGCAAAUGACCAAUUUCCGAAUUUCACUCCUUGCCAGCGUCAAAUCCGAUGGUACAAUCGUCCAUGGGGAAUUUGCCAAACGUUCUGAGCGCGAUUUGCCCCUUUACUCACGUCUUCCAGCAGACCAAAACCAGCGCCCUCCACUCACCCAAAACCCGCUUCGCACAUUUGUGAAUGGGCAAUCCCGCGACUGUUCUGCGAGUAUCCUGCCGGCGGAUCUUGAGGCAUAUUCUAUUAAAGAUAGCGAUUCUCCCAGCGCCAUCGCUGCCGAGGUGAUUUUCGGGACAGACAUUGACCUUUGCGACCCCACCACCGACAUGACACGAAUCUACGACGUCGUUUUCUCCUGCUUCCGACGGCUCCCAGAGCCAAAGGACAGCAAUCUUGCCGACGCUCCCAUCCUCCAAAACGAUGACCACGGAGUGACAGCACGACUUCGCGCCCUGUACAACACUUGGGAGGCACAAUUCAACAGCCUGGAUACCCCCACGAGGAGAUGGAGUCCGACGGUGCUCUCGUCAUGA